GUUGGAAAUAAACGUCUGCUGUGAAUGAUGUCUAGAUUUGUGAAACAGAAAUCUGUCAGAGUGCCAGGUAUUAGGUAUGGUCGUCACAUUUCUCAUGUUUCAUCAGAUCGAGUCUGGAUCAGUGAUGGUAAAAAUCAUGUCUUGACAAACACAGCAGGGGAUGAACUACUUUAUCUGACAGAUAUAGCAAGUGGUGCUGGAGUACACACUGUAAACUGUGACGGUGAGUUAAUUUAUAUAGACAGUGAUUAUAACAUUAACAAACUGUCUACAGACAAAGUAAAGACUGCAUUUAUAAAGUACAAUGCAGUACCAUGGAUACCACGGUGUGUCUUCAGCUCUCCCUCCACUGGAGAUCUGCUGGUUGGGAUGUGUCAUACAUAUACUCCUACAACCAAAGUAGUCCGAUAUAAUUCCACAGGAAAAAACAUCCAGACCAUACAUUAUGACAACAGCACAGGCCAGGGACAUUAUAGUGGACCUAACUAUAUCACAGAGAACCGCAAUGGAGAUGUUAUUGUGUCUGAAUCGUACAGAAAUGCUAUAGUGGUGACAAACUGUGGAGGAAGACAUCGCUUCACCUACUCAGGCCCUCCGUCAGGUUCAGGACUUUUACCACUAGGAAUCUGUACUGACGCUCUGUCACAUAUCCUGGUGUGUGAUUGGAUCACCCAGUCAGUACAGAUAAUUGACUGUGACCGUCACUUCCUGUCACAGAUCCUGACACCACAACAUGGGAUAGACAAACCACUGGGCCUGAGCUAUGAUUAUACAACCCACACACUGUUUGUAGGGUCAUCUAACAACACAGUCAACAUAUACAGUUGCAUAUAUGACCUCUCUCUGAAUUACUUCUCUUACAGUUCUCUACAGAACGUGAAAUGUGAUAAGCAUCCCAGUGAUACUGCAAUAAGGUAUUGUAUAAACUGCGGUGUUCCCUUGUGUGUGGAAUGUACCAUAGCUGAAGAACACAACAGGCAUAUUAUCAUAGAAAUCCAGUCUAGAAAAGGGACUCAUGAGACGGAUGAGUCUGGAAUUGGUUGUCUUGCAGAGUCUGGGGAGAGCUUUGGAGAUUUCAGUAAUCUCUCUGAAGAUUUCAACGAAAAGCUCAAAUCCAAUGUAUAUCAACUGAAAGUAGUAAGGAAACAGAUUGAAAGAGAAAGCGGAGUAAAACAGAUAAAGAGAGAAAGGAGAGAAAUGACUGAAGAGAAAG